AUGGCUCUGCCCGCCACAAGAUCUUUCGCCGUGCCUGCAACGACCACUGCAGCAAAGGUCGUCCCAAAAGUAGCUGUUGCAGCUGCAGCCGUCGCUGUGCGAUGCAAGUCGACGGUGUCCACAUCCAGCCAGUCGUCCAUCGUGGACGCAAAGUCAAGAGUAAGAGAGCACGUACGCAAUAUCAGCCGUUCCUCUUCAGCCAAGGCAACCCCUGCCCCCGCUGCACGACCAACACCAGCCCCUGGAUUCCAGCAAAUUCCUACACCAAGUAAUACAAGACUGCCUGCCUCGCAUGUCUAUCCUGGCCCUGCCCCCAACGCUCCUCUGGACCAUACUUUUGUCGGCCUGUCAGGUGGUCAGAUCUUCCAUGAAAUGAUGCUUCGCCACGGUGUGAAGCAGAUCUUCGGUUACCCCGGUGGUGCUAUUCUUCCUGUCUUCGAUGCCAUCUAUCAGUCUCCCCACUUCGAGUUCGUCCUCCCCCGCCAUGAGCAGGGUGCCGGACACAUGGCGGAGGGCUACGCUCGUGUAUCUGGCCUCCCCGGUGUCGUCCUCGUCACCUCUGGUCCCGGUGCAACAAAUGUCAUCACCCCUAUGCAGGACGCUCUCUCGGACGGUAUCCCCCUCGUCGUGUUCUCCGGUCAGGUAGCCACCUCCGCUAUCGGAUCGGAUGCGUUCCAGGAAGCCGACAUUGUGGGUAUCUCACGCAGCUGCACAAAGUGGAAUGUGAUGGUCAAGACCAUCGAGGAGCUGCCCAGACGCAUCAACGAGGCAUUCAAGAUCGCCACCUCUGGCCGCCCCGGCCCCGUGUUGGUUGAUCUUCCUAAAGACGUAACGGCUGGCAUCCUGCGCACCCCUCUGCCGUACAAGGCAACCACCCCUGGCAUCAACCUGGGCCUUCCCAUGAACCCCCUGCAGAUGACCGAGACUCCCACCGACAUGAGCCUCAUCAGGCAGGCCGCGGACAUGAUCAACCGUGCCCAGAAGCCUGUUGUGUACGCCGGCAACGGUGUGCUCUCCUCGCCCAUGGGCCCGAAACUCCUCGCGAUGCUCGCAGAGAAGGGCAACAUCCCCGUGUGCACGACGCUGCAGGGCCUCGGCGCGUUCGACGAGACGGACCCGAAGAGCUUGCACAUGCUCGGUAUGCACGGCAGCGCGUACGCCAAUCUCGCGAUGCAGCAGGCGGACGUGAUCAUCGCGCUCGGCGCACGCUUCGACGAUCGUGUGACGGGUAAAGUGGACUCGUUCGCACCUGCUGCGCGCGCGGCUGCUCUUACCGGCCACGGAGGCAUCAUCCACUUUGAAAUCCAGCCGAAGAAUGUGAACAAGGUUAUCGAGGCGCAGAUCCCCGUCCUUGGCGAUGUUGUCGCUAGCAUGUCUGCUUUGGUGCCUUUGAUCAAGUCGUCGCCUCGCCAUGACUGGUUUGCGGAUAUCAAGAGCUGGAAGGAGAAGUAUCCUUUCACGUAUGUCAAGUCGGAGAAGGGCGAGAAGAUGAAGCCUCAGGAGGUUGUUGAGGAGCUCGACAGACAGACUGCUGAUCGCAAGGACGAGGUCAUCAUUGCCACCGGUGUCGGCCAGCAUCAGAUGUGGGCUGCUCAGCACUUCAGAUGGAGGCACCCUAGGACGAUGGUGACAUCCGGAGGACUUGGUACUAUGGGCUUCGGUCUGCCUUCGGCUAUUGGUGCCAAGGUCGCUGCUCCUCAGAAGACUGUUGUGGAUAUCGACGGUGAUGCCUCGUUCAGUAUGACUGCUAUGGAGCUCGCCACAGCCGCCCAAUACAACAUCGGUGUCAAAGUCCUCAUCUUCAACAACGAGUUCCAAGGAAUGGUUCUGCAAUGGCAAGACUUGUUCUACGACAAGCGAUACUCGCAUACGAAGAUGACCAACCCUGACUUUGUCCGUUUGGCUGAGGCUAUGGGUGUCCAUGCGAUCCGGUGCCACAGCGCUGAAGAGCUUCCUGCGAAGAUGAAGGAGUUCCUCGAGUACGAUGGAUCGAAACCUGUGUUGAUGGAGUGCUUGGUUGAGAGAGACGAGCACGUCUUCCCAAUGGUCCCUGCUGGCAAGGCGCUGCAUGAGCAGAUGUUGCACCCUUCUUUGAGAGCUGCGGAGGCUGCGAAGAAGGUGAAAGCUUAA